AAGAGGCCACGCCAGGCUCCACCAGAGCGAGGGUUUCCACAUCCUUGUUCCUCAUUUGUCGCCGCUGUGCCACGGAUUGCUGUGCUUGUGGUCGUGGGAGGGAAAGGGAAAGGGGAAGGGCGACGAAGUCGCUUGGUGCGGAUCUAUCGAGCGCGAAUCAAACGGUUGUAGCUCCGAGUUCCUGCUGUCCGAGGCGUCUUCGGGCGAGGGAGGUGGAGGUGGUAAGGCCAAGAUGAGUGCGACUCCCGUGCCGGCUUCGGAGACCCACGGCAAUCUUGAUGAGCAGAUCGCACAGCUCAUGCAGUGCAAGCCGCUCUCUGAACAGGAGGUUAGAGUGCUCUGUGAGAAGGCUAAGGAGGUAUUGAUGGAAGAAAAUAACGUUCAGCCAGUGAAGAGUCCUGUGACUAUCUGUGGUGAUAUACAUGGUCAAUUCCAUGAUCUGGCAGAGCUAUUUCGAAUUGGUGGGAAGUGUCCAGAUACCAAUUACUUGUUUAUGGGUGAUUAUGUGGAUCGUGGAUACUAUUCGGUUGAGACAGUUACGCUUUUGGUGGCUCUCAAAGUGCGUUAUUCUCAACGAAUCACCAUUCUCAGAGGAAACCAUGAAAGUCGUCAGAUUACCCAGGUUUAUGGGUUUUAUGAUGAAUGCCUGAGAAAAUAUGGCAAUGCAAAUGUUUGGAAGAUCUUCACAGAUCUUUUUGAUUAUUUCCCAUUGACGGCAUUGGUUGAAUCAGAAAUUUUCUGCCUACAUGGCGGAUUGUCUCCAUCUAUUGAAACUCUUGAUGGCAUACGGAACUUUGAUCGUGUUCAAGAAGUUCCCCAUGAGGGUCCUAUGUGUGAUCUUUUGUGGUCUGAUCCUGAUGAUAGAUGUGGUUGGGGUAUUUCUCCACGUGGUGCUGGUUACACAUUCGGCCAAGACAUAUCCGAGCAAUUCAACCAUACCAAUAAUCUCAAAUUGAUAGCCAGAGCUCAUCAAUUGGUAAUGGAGGGAUACAACUGGGGACAUGAACAAAAGGUUGUUACCAUAUUUAGUGCCCCAAAUUAUUGUUAUCGCUGUGGAAACAUGGCUUCCAUAAUGGAAGUUGAUGAAUGUAAAGGGCAGACAUUUAUUCAGUUUGAACCAGCACCUCGGAGAGGAGAGCCUGAUGUAACUCGUAGGACACCUGACUACUUCCUGUAAGCAAAAUAGUAGAGGCGUCUUGUCGGUUCCUGACAGCGAGUGAUACGUGCUAGAUGAGGUUGUGAUUGCAGAAUCCUCAAAAAGUCCUAAAGAUUAUGUUUCUGGAGACAAAUGUCUUGUAUAAUGUUUUUGUAAGUUUCAAUCCUUUUUGCACAAGGUUGUAAUGCAGUUCGUAUAAUUUUGAAGGGAACCCCUUGUCCCUUUGUCAUAUUCUUCAUUUCUUCGUGCGUAUGCUAUUUAAUGUUGUAGAGGGACUUAAUUUGCUAAGUGCGUCGCUAAAGACUAGUAAAUUUAGCACCUUUAAACGGAA